AUGGCUGAGUACAUCGCCACGGUAACGGCAGCUGGCAGAGCUCCUAUUCCUGUGGAGGCAGGAGACAUCACAGGGAGAAAAGCCCACGGUCCCAUGUCGCAGCAGGAGAGAGGGCGGAGCAGCGAUGGUGUGAGCUGCAGCACCACAUGGGCUCCAGCAGCGACUGAUUUGAGUAUCUCUAACGAACGCCUCCUGCCGUGUUCACCUCAGAGCGAGUUUGAGGAGUCUGAGGAGGUUGACCCGGACCCCCUGCUGUAG